GGACGAAACCCUAGCUUGUAGCCAUGGGUAUAGAUCUGGUAGCCGGAGGGAAGAGCAAGAAAACUAAGCGCACUGCGCCUAAGUCAGGUGAUAUUUAUCUGAAACUCCUGGUUAAGCUAUACAGGUUUCUUGUUAGGCGGACCGGUAGUAAAUUCAAUGCUGUUAUAUUAAAGAGGCUUUUCAUGAGCAAGAUUAACAGGCCACCCAUUUCGCUCUCUCGGCUGAUUAAGUUCAUGCAAGGGAAGGAAGGUAAGAUUGGUGUCAUUGUUGGUUGUGUCACUGAUGAUACCCGAGUAUAUGAAGUUCCUGCACUGAAGGUGGCCGCACUAAGGUUCACAGAGACUGCUAGAGCUAGAAUUGUGAAAGCAGGGGGUGAAUGCCUUACGUUUGAUCAGCUUGCUCUCUUGGCUCCUCUUGGGCAGAAUACAGUAAGUGAAUCUUUGGAUUUUUGUGAUCUUUUCUAUCUUGUACAUUUACAUGCAUCCCAUAGUUUAAGAUUAUAUCACUACAGUUGAAUGUGGGGUCUUUAA